AUGAUGAGGAGGAGGAGGAGGCGUAGGGACGUAACGCGGCGCACGCUCCGCUCGCGGCCCGUCGUCGCAACGCGGAAGGAGGAAAGAGACUCCACGUCACUGAGAGUGCCUGGACGUUUCGGCUUCCAAAUGGGUGAAUCAGGCUCUCGGCGCUCAACCCUUGUUUCCCGCCUGCCAAUCUUUCGCCGCAGCAGCAGCAAGAGGCAGGAUUCUCUCCCCUCCUCUCCGUCCUCAGGCGGGGUGGGAAACGGCGUGCACACCUCCUCCCCCUCCAGCACCAACUCCAGCUCUGGCAGCACCGGGAAACGGCGCAGCCUUUUCCGCACGCCGUCGCUCAGCUUCACAUCCAAGCGAAACAGUGAUCCCCGCGUUCAGCCCGUCAACCUGAACCUCACACCUCCCCUGACGCAGAGCACUGAUGCAAACGGAAACAACCAGCCGUCAAUAACGGCGUCAGCGUCCACAGGGUUCAGUGAGGGUGGCGGGCGCCCCAAGUCACGCCACUCGUUUGGCUUUGGCAGCCACAAGCAAAAGAAAAUCCCUCGCUCUCAAACCGAGGACUUUGACAAGGCCUCGUCAUCCUCUUCCACAACCAAUCGAAAUGUGUUCAUCAACUGCAUCAGCAGCUCUGGGACAAAUGAAGGAGACGACUCCGGGUUCCUGGAUGACUGCAGUGGGGGCAGUAACAACAAUAAACGGUCAUCACGGCAGAAAAAACAAUUGCUGCCCAAGUCCUUCUCAGCCCACCACCGUUUCUCCCGCACCUCUGAUCAUCACAGACCUCCAGAAGUCAAUCAGGAGCCUCCAAGCUCUGCCACUGUCACCCCGGGGGCGGGAGGGCUCAGCCCAGGGUCAUGGCCCGGUGAACUAGUCGGUGCGGGCGGCGAGAGUUCGCUUCAGUCCCCCAUGAUAUCAGAAGAUCGAACCACAGCUGUUACCCCCUCAGAGUUUAUUCCAAUCACAGAGGAUUCCGUGUCUGAAAUAGAUGCGCUUCCCGCUCCCAGUCCUGGAUCUGCUCUAACCCCCGGCUCUGGCUGUGUGCCCGGGCUGGCUUCUGAAGCUGAAGCGCCAGACCUCCCACCUGCUGCUGAGAACUUCAGUGUGGGCGUAUCUUCCUCCCAGGUCUUUUUCACUCCAGCCCAAUCCAGCACGGAGAAACCCUUACUUCCUGACACCAGCACAGCCAACACGGACUAUGAAACGGCUGUUUCCCUCUCCGAGCCAGAGACAGCUGUACUGUGUUUACCUCUGCAGGAACAAUCACAGGAGGAAAGAAAAGAGAGGGAGGAGGAAAGAGAGGAGGCAAAGAAAGAGGAAUCAGCCGAGGACAUUAAAGAGCUGGUGCAGGAGAAAAAGAAAGGCUACCACACUGAGACCACAAGUGAGAGUGAGACGUGUGUGGCACGCAGUGAGGGUUGUCAGUCUAACCCCGAGCAGUCUGAGAGGAGGACCAGAACCACACGCUCCUUUCAAGAAAGAGGAAGUUUCUGCGGCUGCCACGAACCCAGGUCCUCUCACUUGAGGAAACCACACACAGCUUCCCUUUGUAGCAGUGCCAGCCCCUACCAUGAGGUGAUGCGCCUGGAAAGGCGUCUUCGCUCCUCGUCUGAGGGAGCUGGUGGUCCUCGUAUCCAUGGUAACCACAGGGAUGCCCCAGGCAUGGAGGGAUGUGGUCUGCUCAAGCACAGAAACAACUCCUCAUCAUCUAAACUAGGAAGUCUGGAUGUACUGAACAACCUUGGUUCCUCAGAACUGGAUGAAGAUGAUCUGAUGUUAGACCUGGACCUCUCAGAUGAUCAGCGACAUCGUCAUGUAUCUAGAGAAGACUCUAGCCAAUCCCUGACAUCCUGCCUCAACCUGCUCCCCUCGCCCAUGGAUCCAUCUGGAGAUCGCACUGUUUGGAAGGAAAACAAUCAAAGGGAACCCAGCCGCCCGACCAGCCUUCUGCCUGCUGAGUGGAGUGCAGGGCUGGGUUUAGGUAGGGAAGAUGAGCCUCUACCUCCGGGGUUGGAGACUCCACUCAUUCCGCUCAGACUAAUGCAGCAGGACUGCACUGCUGUUAAAACCUUGCUUUUAAGACUGAGGAGGACGCUGCAGGAGAGCACAGAGACAAGUCCUGCCAGUAGCCUCCAGUCUCUGCCCAUCAGCCCUUGCAGUGAAAAAUCCCUUCCAUUUAAGGACCUCAGCAGAGAGGAAGCUUUGCUGCAGCAGCUGAGAGAGAAAGAUGAGCUGAUUCUGAGACUCCAGAGUGAACUGGAGAGUGCCAAAGCUGCUCUGAAGAUGAAAGACUGCCAAAUGACUGAUCGCACAACCCAGACCGAACACAUGGGGCAUGAGGGCAUCAAGGCGCAUGGGAGCGCCACUCUGUCAUCAAGGAGACAGCUGAUGUUGGCCGGCGUUGACAGGCCGAUGAGAAAGUGCAGACGGGAACAAAGUAAAGAGGACAGGACAGAAGGGACUGUGGUAGCCACCGCUGUGCGCCUCGCCUCCCUGCUAACCCCACCUAGCCCCAGGGGCAGGACAGAGGGAGAGUGGGCACUGUCACCAGAAGAAGCGCGGUCAAAACAGAAACGAAUGCCAUUUGUCACUCCAAGACCAGAGCGGAACUCGACCAGCCAUCCCGGCCGGUGGCCAGGACAAGGCAGCAGCAGCAGCAGCAGCAGCCAGGCUCCAAGGGACCGAAGGGUGGUGCGGGGCGUGGUGUCGGCACUCGGAGGGGACCUCUCUAACCAGCACCACCCGUAUCACCAUCCAUUACUGCAUGGGCGGCCCACAGCUUCUGAGAUGCACAGCGUCAGAGAGGAGCGCCAGCACCAAGGGGUCCUGGCUCAGCCCACAGCUCGUAAUCCUGCCCACGGUCCCCCCUCCGUGUCUUCCACCCAGGCCGUUCCCACCGCUCCUGGCCAGCUUGAAGUUUCACACCCGAAUCCUAGUCCAAAUCAGUGCCCAGGCUCCGGGUCAGCGGUGGCUAAUCACACCCUUGUUCAGUCUGUGUCCAAGCAGCCCAGAGGGGUGUCCUCCUCCGCUGAGUCCUUAUCUCAAACGGAGGGAGGAGGUAGUACAAGUCUGUCGGGAGGGGUUAGGAGAGGAGGUGCAGAUCCCCACCCUCCCAGCCAGAUUCCCCGUGCAGUGGGGGGAAGUGCUUCUUCAAGCCUCCAUAGUGUUGCAAGCAGAAGGAGCCCGUCUCAGAGCAUCUCAUCCGACCAGGCCUCUCCUCCACCUCCUACUCCUUCAUCAGCCUCCUCCUCCUCCUCCUCCUCUUCCUCC